AUCACUCCAACCAUUAUAUCUCCACAUCAUUUGCCUGUAUCCUCUCACUUUCUAGUUCUAGAGAAAGAAACAACCAAGCUCUUGCCAUGGGAGUAGCACAAGUUAUUAAGUUUUGGUUCCAUCUGAUGAUCAUCCUCGUCUCCAUCUCCAUUUCUUCUAUUUCGGGAGCUGAAACAAACUGCAUAUACACAGCUUAUGUCAGGACUGGAUCAUUCGACGAGGAUUCAACUGACUCAAAAAUAACCUUAACUCUCUAUGAUGCCAGUGGCCAUGGAAUUAGAAUCAACAACUUAGUUGCUUGGGGUGGGCUUAUGGGCCAAGGUUACAACUACUUUGAAAGGGAUAACUUAGAUAUGUUCAGUGGCAGUGGCCCAUGUUUAACUGGGUCAAUCUGCAAAAUGGUCUUAACUUCUGAUGGUAAAGGUCGAAGCCAUGGAUGGUAUUGUAACUACGUUGAAGUUACCUCUACAGGUGACCAUAAACAAUGUAGCCAACAAUUGUUCAAUGUGGAUCAAUGGCUUAGCACUGAUCGUUCGCCGUAUCAGUUGACGGCUACUAGGAACAACUGUAAACGUAUGUCCGAUGAGCAACAGUCUGUUGUUGAUGUAAUUUGAUUCGAGUUUAUUUGGCAUGAGUGCUCUGUAUGGCCCAGGAAUUCUAUUUCUCUCUUUCAAUUUUAUUAAUGGAGCGUGAAAUUUUACGUUUAUCUAA